AUGUUUAAAAACAACAAUAACAUAUUCACUUUUUCACUAUAUGGAAAUGAAAAUGAAAAUGAAGUGGAUGCAAAUGAUGUUCAUAUGAAAGAAAAACAUAAUAGCUAUAAUACAACAAGCCAUAUUAUAUCAGCUAAAGAAUUUAAUAGAGAAUUUUUAUUAAAUAGAAAUAGUGCAGUAGAUAAUGAAAAUCCGACAUAUAUAAAUGGUAACGGGAAAAUUAUAAACGACUACAAUGGAAGUAGCAGUAACGCCAGUAACAACAAUAAUAACAAAAUUAUUAUGGAUAGUUAUGAUAAAAAUAUGAAUCUUGCUUUUCAUAUGAAAAAUAAAAGUAACGAAAAAAUUACUUACGAAAAUAUGAACAACACUGAAAAUUCUGAUAAAGCAUUUAUAACUAAUAAUGUCAAAAAAUUUUUGGGAAAUUUUGAUUUUUUAAAUUUUAAGAGUAAAAAUAUUUUAGUAAAAAAUGGAAAAAAUAAUAAUAGCGAUAAUAACAAUCAUUACAUAGGUAGCGAAAAUGUAACUCCAAAUAAAUAUAAUAAUAAUAAUAUGUAUAAAAAUAAUAUACAUCCCUCUACUUAUGAUCAUAUAAAAAACGAUCCAUUAGUUGGCAUUGUAGGAAAUAAUAAAAACAACGAUUAUCGAAAUAAUGACACACCAAUGCACUAUAGUGUUAAUAAUAGUGGUAAUAAUAAAUAUAAAGCCGAAAAUAUAUUAAAUUAUUCUGAAUAUGAAAUAAUAAAUAGUAUUAGCAACAAUAGCAGUCAUACUAGUAAUAUUGGAAUAUCCAAUGAAGCUAGCUAUAAUAACUUUUUCAGAAGAAGUAGUAAUAAAAAUGUUAGUAGUGAAAAAAGCGUUGGAAUUAUUAACAAUAAUAUGAAAUUUCACAAUAAUAAUAAUAACAAAAAUAAUGCGGAUAUAAAGGAACUAUUAAAUAAUAUGAAAAGAGAAAAAAAUGUUUAUGAUAAAGAAAAAAAAAAUAUUGAUGGAGAAUACCUUGCCCAUGCAUGUAAUUAUGAAAAAAUAAAAAAUAAUUUAUAUGCACCCCCAAAAAUGGAUAAAAAUUCUGAACAAGUCAUAAAUAAUAAUCAAAAUUUUUAUGGAAUGGAAAAAAACGUUUCAUCGUGUAUAAGUGCAUAUGACGAUAAAAAUAAAUCAGAAUAUCCAACAUAUGCUCCAUAUUAUAAUUAUGAUAAAAAAAAAAGGGGUGUAGAAAAUGAUAAAGGAAAAGGAUAUAAUUUUCCUGGUUUUUAUGAUCUUAAUCAGGAUAAAAUUGAAAAUAGAAUAAAUCAAAAAAAUAGUUUCAUAAUUGAGGAAUUUGAAAAAAAAAAUCAAAGCAUUCAAAAUAGUACUAAUGGAAGUGUAAAUUUUAUAUAUGCUAAUACUUUAAAAGGAUAUAAUAAUGAAAAUUCGCAUCAUAAAAAUUCACCUGAACAAAAUAGCUGUAUGCACAUUAAAAAUAUGACUCCCCGUAGUGGCAAUAAUAAUCACAAUGUUAACAAUAAUAAUAAUAAAAAUAAUUAUGGAAUAAAUAAAUUGAAUGGAUAUAUGAAAGUAAAUCAAACAGAUGAUAUAUAUGGUAUUGGAAGGGAAUAUGAAAUGCAUAAUGACAUGUACGAAUCUCGUGGUAUAUCAUCUAGCCAUUUUAAUAAAGAAAAAGAAGAUGAACAACAUAUUAAAAUGUUAAUAAAAGCUAGCUCGAAAAAAAUGGUAAAUGGCAAUAAUGAUAAUUGUAAUAAACUAAUGGAAUGUGAUGAUAUAUUUUUUAAUAAAAAAGAUAUAUUUCCUAGUAAUAUUAACAGUCAUAUGGGAAAAGAAAAUGAUAUAUCCCAUUAUAAUCACAAUAUUGGAUGUAGCAAUAAUUAUGUUAAGAAAAAUAAUAGUAAUAAUAAUAAUAUGAACAGUGCAUGUAAUGGAAACUAUAUAAAAGAAGAAUAUUUGAUACAUUUUAUUAAAGAAAAAAGAAAAAAACUUGAAGAAGCAAAACGAAAAGGAUACAAUAAUAAUAAUAAUGAUGGUGUUAAAGAGGAAUUACAAAUUCAAGAAAAUUAUAUAAACAUGCACAAUGGUUAUAAUAAAAAUAAUAUAGCAACUUCAAAUAAGAAUUAUAACAUGAACAAUUCAGAAGAAAAUUCAAACAGUAGUAAUAGUAGUAGCAGUAGUGAACAAUAUCGAAAUGUCAAUAAAAAUAAAAAUAACAAUGAAAUAAAAAAAUAUAUACAUCAAAAUAAUAGUGGAAAAAGAGGAAGUAUUGAUGCACAAUCUAUUAUCAGAAAUUAUCAAAAUGGAAAUGCAUUAACAGGAGAAGGUUCAGGACCAUUAUUAAAAGGCGGUGUCAUAACAAAUAAUACUAAUAUGAAUAAUUCAAAAUAUGUUAUUAACAGUAGUAGUGAUAAUUCAAUUACAUGUUAUAAAGAAAAUUGUUUAAAUAAUGAAAAUGUUAUUUAUGAUGAAAAAGAUAAAAUAUUUAAAACAAAAGAAAAUUGUAACAUAAAAAUAUAUAGAAGAUGUUUGGAAAAAGAAAGGAUGUUAAAUAUUCCUAUAAUACAUUUAGGAGAAAAUGAUAUAAUAGUAAAACAUAUAAAAUUAUAUUAUCCCUUAAAAAAUGUUAAUAUAUUUACUAAAAUAUCAAAAAUAAUAUUUAUGACAAACACAAAUAUAUGUUCAUUAUAUUUAAACGAUAAAUUAUUAAUAGAUUAUAAUCAUAUUCAAAUUCAAUCUUAUUUAUCAAAAGGUGGUUUUGGUGUUGUAUAUAAAGGAAUAUUAUUAAAAAAAAUAAAUAAAUAUGAAGAAAUGUAUGAUCAAAAUUCAAAAUAUACUAAUGAUUUGCAUACUGGAAUAGAUGAUGAUCAUAAUUUAGAAAAGGAAUAUAAUAAUGUUCAUGCAAAAGAAGAAAAUUAUGAUCAAAAUGUUAAAAUUAAAAGAAAAAAAAUGCUUAUAAAUAAACAAAAAGAAAAUAAUGAUAAUAAAAUUAUUGUUAUUCAAGAUGAUAAAUGUAACAAUGAAGAUAUUAAGGGUCAGCAAAAUGAAAAGGAGAGAGAAAUGCAUAAUAAAGAUUUUGAGAAUCCAAAUUAUGAACGAAACCACUUUCGUCGUUUAUAUUUAGAAGUUAUGAAAUUGAAUAACACAAAUUCUAACAAUUGCGGAAAUAACACAAACAGCACUUCCAACAAUAAUAAUAGUCGAGAAGAAUAUCAAAAAAAUUGUCAAAAAAACUGUCAAAAAAACUGUCAAAAAAAUUGUCAAAACAAUGAAAAGCAUGAUAAAAUACAAGAAUAUAUAGAAAAGAUGGACUGUCUUAGAAAUAAAAUGAUAGAAAAGAUAUUUGAAAUUUUCAAUAAUCGUGAAAAUGAAUCUUCUUGCAAUCACAACAAUGAAGUAGAUAAUAACCAAAAUAAAAAAGAAUAUAACAUACGCAUUAGUUUAAAAGAAGACGAUAAAUCAGUGAUUGAAAACAUUUUAAAAAAAAAAAAAAUAAUAAAUGAGGAGUAUAAUAAUGGAAAUGAGAAAAAUAGUGUUAGUUAUUCAGAACAAGGCAACAAAGAUAUUAACGAAAUAUUUGGAGAACAAAUAAAUGAAGAUAAUAGAUAUAGUACAAAUAGUAAUGGUGAAAGGAAAUAUAAAUUAUUAAAUAAUUUUCCUUUUUUUGAAAAUCAAAUAGAAAAAAAAAAAAAAAAUUAUGAUAUAGAAGAUGAUAUAAAAAAUUUGACUAAUUAUGGAGAUGAUAAUAAUAAUAAUAAUAAUCACAUGUGCCAAAAAAAUGAACAAUAUGCACGUGAAUAUAUUCUUAAAGGAAAUGUAUUACAAUAUCAAUGUUCACACUCACAAGAGAUAAAAGAAUUAAAAAAAUCAAUGUUAAAUUUUAUAUAUGGAAAUAAAAAAUGUGAUGAUAUAGUUAUCGGAAAAAGUUGUUUUAUUAAUGAAGCAGAAAAAAUAAUAAAUAAAUUACAAAGUAUAAAUAAAAAUUUAAAUAAAAAAUAUAAUGAUGAAAUUAUUUCAUAUUUAUUAGUUGAAAUAUAUCAUAAUAAUAUUGUAUAUAAUAAUAAUUUAAGUUUUUUAUAUAUAAAAAGUAAAAAUAUAAUCACAUUUUCAUUAAAUAAAGAUUAUCUAUAUAUAUUUGAUAGCCAAAAUAUAUUUCACUAUUAUAGUGACAAAUCAAUAUUUAAAAUUGUAUUCAUAGAUGAUUAUAAAUUAUUAAAUAAAUAUAAACAUUUUACUGUUUAUAAUAUUUUAAAUAAUGAUCAAGUUUUAAAAAGCUCGUCAGUAUUAAAACGUGAAAUAAAUAAACAUAAAAAUGGUUUAAAUAAAUUAUCAAUAAUUCCAUUCAGUAAAUUAAAUAUGAAUCAUUUAGUAAAUGCAUUAAUUUUUGGAUUCCUAAAAUUUAUUUUUAAUUUAAGAAAAAAAUAUCAUACUAUAAAAAAAGAUUGUUAUUGUUCAUUAUGUAAAAAUUCAAAAAACACAAAUUUAAUGAAUAAUUUUGCAUCAUUUAGUGAUCGUGAGUCGAACCCAAAUGAUUAUGAUCAAAAUUUUGAUGCCGAUUUCGAAAGUAUUUUAUUGCAAAAUAAAAUAAAUAUCUUAGAUGAACUUAUUUGUAUCCACUCAAAUAACAAUGAUGAAAAUAUGUUUUGUUAUCCAAAAAACAAAAACACGGCAUUCGAUCGAAAUGGUAAUCUAAACAACCAUCCCGGCGACUCCAUAAAUAAUGACGAUGAUGAUGCAGAUGAUGCUAACAAUAAUAAUAAUGAUAAUGCUGAUAAUAAUGAUAAUGGCGAUAAUGGUGAUAAUGGCAAUGGCAAUGACAAUGACAAUGCUCGUAUGCUCGAUAAAGAAAACCAAAAAAGCAUCAGAGGAAAUGAUAACAGUGUUUACCAUAUUAUAAAUACAAGCGAUAGUGGGACUAAAAAUAACAUUAGUAAUGGAAAUAUAAUUAUUAACAACAAGAUAAAUAGACUAAAUGUUGGACAAAAUGAUGAAGUACAAUUAAAUGGAAAUAAAGGUAAAAUUAUAAAUUCAAGCAAUCAGGGUUUAGGAGAUAGUACAUUACUAAAUUCAAAUAACACAGAUGAAUGUAAAACAACUAUUAUUUUAAAUUUAUCUAAAAAUAAAAAUGUUUCAAAAGAUUAUAUUAAUGAAAAAGAAUAUAAUAAUUAUGUUUCUAAAAUUAAAAAUAAUGAAAAAAAUAAAGAAGAAGAGGAAGAGGAUGAUGAAGGUAAUAUCAAAAAUAAGAUAAAAAAUCAUGAUAAAAAAGCAUAUAUUCAAAAAGAAAAAUUAAAAAUUAAUUAUAAUAAUGAAAAUAAAAAAAACAGAGAAGGAAAUUAUUUUGAAACACCUGAUAAUGACGAAAGAGAAGAAGAAGAAGAAGAAGAAGAAGAAAAUGAAGAAGAAAAUGAAGAAGAAAAUGAAAAUAAAGAUGGAGAAGUUUAUAUACAAAUACCAGUUGCUAUCAAAAUACAUGAUUUAAAAGAUAGCAAAAAUUUAAAAAAUUUUUUAAGAGAAAUUGAAAUAUAUAAAAAUUUACAAAGAUCUAAUAUAUGCAAAUUUUAUGGUAUAUGUAUAAAACAUAAUAAAUUAAUGUUAUUAUUAGAAUAUUAUGCAAAAGGAAAUUUAUUUAAUUUUUUAAAAAAUAAAAAUAAAAUUCAUAAAAAACAAAGAUUAGAAUGGGCAAUACAAAUGUGUUCUAUAGUACAUGAAUUACAUUCACAUAAUCCACCAAUUAUUAAUGGAGAUAUUAAAACAUCAAAUAUAUUAAUAAAUAAUAAUAUGGAUUUGGUAAUGUGUGAUUUUGGAAAAGCACGAUUUAAAAAUUCAAAACUUUAUAGUAAUUUUGGUUCAUACAGAUAUAUGGCUCCUGAAACAUUUAGUUGUACAUCAGAAGUUACUGAAAAAAUUGAUAUAUGGAGUUUAGCUUGUUGUAUUGUUGAGAUAUUUUGUAGUAAAUAUCCAUAUUAUAAUUUUUCAAAAAAUACUAAAAUACGUCAUGAAUUAAUAGUUAAUAAAAGAACACCACACAUACCAAGCUUUUUACCAAAUUCUAUAAAAAAAUGUUUACAAAAAUGUUUCAGUUUUAAUCCAGAAGAACGUCCAUGUGCUUAUGAAAUGUACAAGGCAUUAAAAAAAAUUAAAGUUGUUGAAUAA